AUGAAAAGACUCCGUCGACGACACCGAUGUCUGGCUUUCUAUAAUGCCAAAUCUUCCAUAAAAGAUCCGAUCAUCACAGCUUGUUUAGAUUCUUCAGUAGACACCAGCAUUUCGGCUGUGAUCGCUGGUAUUCGUUUUGAAGGACGUUUAAAUGGGAAGGAAUUAGAAGCUGAAAAUUUAGUUCAAAAUUUAGUAAACCUAAGUGAAACUGACAUCCAGUUGAUUGGUGUUCGAUGCAUCUAUCUAUACACACGACCUUCAUUUCUUUCGGGAGCACUGAAUAAGUUUCUACGCACACGCGAUUAUAAUAAAAUCAAUACUCUUGGUCCUUUCUGUAAAGUUCUUUUAUCACAGUUCAACAAAUAUCCAUCUGUUUUUGAAAUUUUGAGAGUUUAUCGUGGUGAAAAUCUUCGUGCGCACGACUUACGUGCUUAUAAACGUGCAAUGGGCAAAGGAUCAUAUCAAUGGCUUGGAUUUACCUCGACCAGUAGAGAUCGGCAAAUUGCCGAAAUGCGUAUAUGA